GAAAUGAUAACACUCCACACAACUCCCAUGGAGUAUUGCGUGAAAGCAAGUGUUAUAUGUAGGGAUGAAUACUGGUGGGCUUAAGACUGAAAUAAUCAACAAUUUUUCAUUCAGAAGAUUAACGAAAUCGAUUAGAAAACAACCUUUCAAUUUUCUCAGUUUCGGUCUUGCGUCAACCCAAUUCUUUACCCUCCUGCAUCGAAGAGCCCCGCGGCCGCUCACAACUUUACUACGCCCCGCUCCUUCUCCUCCCUCUGUUUCUCCGCCAAGAAGUAUGGGUUCUCUCACGGAGGCCUUUAUCGAGCCCCUCAAGUACCCAGUCGCUCGCCGUGACGAUUCCGUCGCCGAUAAUUACCAUGGCGUUCUCGUUCCCGACCCUUAUCGAUGGCUCGAAGACCCUGAUUCAGAGGAGACUAAGGAAUUUGUGGGGAGGCAAGUGGAGCUUACUGAUUCGGUACUCAAGAGCUGUGAUACUAGAGAGAAGCUAAUGGAAAAGCUUACCAAAUUGUAUGAUUACCCCAAGUACGAAGUUCCAUUCCUCGCCGGUGAUAAGUAUUUUUACUUCCAUAAUACUGGGCUUCAACCACAGAAAGUCCUUUACGUUCAGGAUAGUUUGGAUGGGAAAGCAGAAGUUUUGCUUGAUCCAAAUAGGUUAAGCGAUGAUGGGACAGUUGCACUGAGCGUAUGUGCUGUUAGCGAGGAUGCUAAGUACUUGGCAUAUGCGAUUAGUUCAAGUGGAAGUGAUUGGGUCACCAUCAAAGUUAUGCGGAUUGAAGAUAAGAAUGUUUUGCCAGAUACUAUUUCUUGGGUGAAGUUCUCAGGUAUUAGCUGGACCCAUGAUGGCAAAGGUUUUUUCUACAGCCGUUAUCCAACUCCCACGGAUGGAGAUAAUUUGGAUGCUGGGACGGAGACAAAUGCCAAUUUACACCAUCAGCUCUAUUAUCAUUUCUUGGGUACAGAUCAAUCUGAAGAUAUCUUGUGCUGGAAAGAUCCAGAUAACCCAAAACAUACACGUUCAGCUUUAGUAACCGAAGAUGGAAAGUAUGUACUUCAAUCUAUUUUUGAGAACUGCGAUCCUGUAAACAAAGUCUACUACUGUGACUUAUCUGCACUGCCAAACGGGCUUGAAUGCUAUAAAGGGACAAAUGAGAUGCUACCUUUUAUCAAGCUCAUCGAUACAUUUGAUGCCUCUUAUGAGUUCGUUGCCAAUGAUGACACUGUCUUCACUUUUCUUUCUAAUAAGGAUGCUCCAAAGUAUAAAUUAGUUAGGGUGGAUGUUAAAGAAUCUGGUUCUUGGUGUGAUGUGAUCCAAGAGGAUGAAAGAGAUGUGCUUGAAUCUGCAGUAGCUGUGAAUAAGAAUCAACUGGUUGUAAGUUAUUUGAGUGAUGUGAAAAAUGUUUUACAGUUGAGAAAUCUAGAUACAGGUAUCCUAGAGCACCAUUUGCCUAUUGAUAUUGGAACGGUGUCUGGAAUUUCUGCUCGCCGCAAAGACAGCAUAAUUUUUAUUGGCUUUACAAACUUCCUUGUCCCUGGGAUUAUCUAUCAGUGUAACCUUCAAGCUAGUGCUCCAGAAAUGAAAAUAUUCCGUGAAAUAGUUGUCCCUGGCUUUGAUCGGACACAAUUCCAUGUCAAUCAGGUUUUUGUGCCCAGUAAAGAUGGUACUCGAAUACCUAUGUUUAUAGUAGCCGGAAAAGAUAUAUCUUUGGAUGGAUCACACCCUUGUUUACUGUAUGGAUAUGGUGGAUUUAACAUAAACAUUACCCCAUACUUUUCUGUUCCCCGGCUAGUGAUUGCAAAGCAUUUAGGUGUUGUUUUCUGCAUAGCAAAUAUUCGUGGUGGAGGGGAAUACGGAGAAGAAUGGCAUAAAGCUGGUGCUCUUGCAAAAAAGCAAAACUGCUUUGAUGAUUUCAUUUCUGCUGCCGAGUAUCUUGUUAGCACUGGUUACACCCAACCUAGCAAGCUGUGCAUUGAAGGUGGAAGCAAUGGUGGGCUUCUAAUUGGGGCUUGCAUCAAUCAGAGACCUGAUCUUUUCGGCUGUGCUCUUGCACAUGUUGGUGUUAUGGAUAUGCUUAGGUUUCACAAGUUUACGAUUGGCCAUGCAUGGACAUCUGACUAUGGGUGUUCAGAGAAGGAGGAAGAAUUUCAUUGGCUGUUCAAGUACUCACCACUACAUAAUGUGAAAAGACCAUGGGAACAAACUUCCAGUAAAGCUUCUCAAUACCCAUCGACCAUGCUAUUGACAGCUGAUCAUGACGAUAGGGUUGUGCCAUUACACACAUUGAAAUUAUUGGCGACCAUGCAAUACGUGUUAUGUACAAGCCCGGAGAAAAGCCCCCAGGUUAACCCCAUUAUUGGUCGGAUAGAACGUAAAGCUGGACAUGGAGCUGGACUCCCAACGCAGAAAAUGAUUGAUGAAGCUGUAGACCGGUAUGCCUUCAUGGCUAAGGUGAUGGGUGCAACCUGGAUCGAGUAGAUGUAUGACCAAUAGAACAAGAACUAGUAAAACUUCUUUCACAAGUACUAAUUCUUCUAAAGAAUUGAGUUUAUAGCAGUUUCUUGAGGUGUUGAGGAGAGAUUAUGUUUUAAUUGUGAUUAGCUUCUCAUUUAUAUAUUUGGUUGGGGAAAACUGCCCCUUAAUUGCGCUUUAA